AUGACUAGAAUGGCUGAGGCAAGUCCUGUGAAAACGUCUUCAUCGAGUAAGAAAAAAGACGAAGAAAAAGAAAAGAAAUUCCUUGGACGAUUAUGCUACUCACUGGAAUACGAUUUCGAUAAAAAUGCUUUGACAGUAACAAUUAUCAGUGCAUCCGAUCUACCAGCAAUGGAUUUGGGCGGUACGUCUGAUCCAUACGUUAAGGUGUUUCUUCUGCCUGACAAGAAGAAGAAAUUUCAAACAAAAGUUCAGAGGAAGUCGUUGAAUCCGGUCUUCAAUGAGAGUUUCGUCUUUAAGGUUCACUUUAACCGCAUUUUGCCAAAAAGUGUCAUUUCUUUCGUUGAUUGGAAAAUUGUUUUGUUUAUUUUUGUUGAAUCUAUUUUUGUUGAAUUAUAA